CUUCUCAGUAUUAAACUCGUAGAAACGAAACAACCAAAAUGAAGAUGAUCAUCGCUUUUUUGGUCGCUGGUCUGGCUGUCGCCACUCAAGGAUCAUACCUACCGACUGCUUGGCCACAAUCCGUCCUAUGGAACAAUUGGAGUGGAUGGAAUGGUUUAAACGCAUGGGAUAACCAUGGCAUCGCUGCUUAUCCAUAUGCCAAAUCGUGGUCUGCUGCUGGAUGGCCAGUUGGUGGUAUGGACAAUUACGGUGGUAUGGACAAGCUGAACUCCCGGGGACUUCCAUGGGCUGGUUAUGGAGCCGGUGUUUACGGAUGGGGUCACCAUGGACUCGCCAAGACUGUGGUGCCAGUGGCGAAGCAGAUCGCUUCCACUCCAGGAUCGCUUCACGUUGCUCCAGUUCCGAUCGGUGGAGAAAAAGUUGUUGGUUUGUAUUGA